GAGUUAAUUGCCAUAAUGACAACGCCGUAAUGGCAACGCUGUUUGGUAUUAAACACUUAGACGUAGUCACUUCGUAUAACAUAGAUAAUUGAUAUAGUAAGAAGAAAAUAUGGCUAAUCCGAAUUUAACUGAUAUGACGGAAGAAGAUGCGGCGGACUUGCAAUUUCCAAAAGACUGCUCAUUAAGUAGAACAGAAAAGAUCGAGCGUAACGUAGAAUUCAACUCGUCAGUCGUGAAGGAUGAAAUCAUUACUUCAGACCCAAUGUGCCGCAUAUGCAAGUCUGUAUUGACGGAACCGUAUAUUCGUUGUGCCGUAUGUAAUAAAAUGGAACUGUGUCCCUCUUGUUUCUCUAAUGGAUCAGAAAUUGGUAAUCACAGGAACGAUCACGACUAUAUCAUCAUAAAGAAUGAAUUUCCCUUGAUCGAUGAAAGUGGCUGGACAGCGAAACAAGAACUAGAGUGUUUAGAUGUUUUACAAGAGUGUGGUUUUGGCAAUUGGGUUGAUGUGGCCAAACGAAUACAGGGGAAAUCGCCAGAAGAAUGUAAAAAUCAUUAUCUCCAACAUUAUAUUGAUAAUCAGACUCUACCAGGAUUGCCAAAAAUCGCAGAAACAAGAGCAAGUUUGUUUGGUUGUGAAGUAAUUCCUUAUUCAUUUAAAUUGCAAGAUAUAGAAGAACCUCCUCGAUUUGCACCUAAUACUCUUAAUUGUAAGCUUCUGGCUGGAUACAAUCCAGCAAGGUCAGAUUUUCAAGUUAAUUUCGAUAAUCACGCUGAAUUAUUGAUUUCUGACUUAAAUUAUGAUGAAUUUGACAUAAAUGAUGAUAAUUAUGAAUUAGAAACAGAACUAAAAGUAGCUAUAGUACAAGCAUAUAACAACAGACUGAAAGAACGUAUGAGAAGGAGAAAAAUCAUACGUAAUCAUGGACUGAUAGCAUUUAGGAGAACUGUAUCUUGGAUACAGAGAUAUGAGAGCACAAUAACUAGAUUAGUUGCGGAAAGAUUAUUAAUUUUUAUGCAAUUAUUAGGAGGUAUGGAAUUUGACUAUUUUAUGGAAGGUUUACACAGAGCAGGAGAACUUAAAAACUAUCUGAAUAAAUUAUUUGAAUUUCGCAAUAAUGGUUUGAAACACUUUCACAGUGUUCCAAUGUUCCAAAAAUUAAAUAAACUUAAACAAGAAAAUGAAAAAGAAAGGAAACAAUACUUAAAUAAUUCUGAAUAUAGUUUGAAGACUAUAUUACCUGGUUACAACAUUAAUUUUAAUAAUUCCAUAUCAAGUGCGAUCUCGCAACGAAAAACGGCACCGCCACUUGUGAUUAAAGGUCUUCCAGGAUAUGAGAAAUUAACUUCAGCUGAAAAAGAACUUUGUUCAGCUACGCGUCUAGUUCCCUCUAAUUAUCUUGAUUUCAAACACAUCUUAAUAGCAGAAAAUAAAAAAGCGGGUUAUCUUAGAUUGGCACAAGCUAGGGUUUUGCUUAAAAUUGAUGUAAAUAAAACACGAAAAAUAUACGACUUUCUUACGGAAAAAGGAUAUAUAAAAUCGAAUCUAUGACAUAUAGUCAGUUAAUUUAGCAAAAAUAGCAGAUCUUUGUACAUUACAGUUCUGUCAAGAUUGUGAUAUUAUAUAUUAAGAUUUACAAUUAAGAAUUUCAAGUAAAAAUUGACUAAAGUAAUACAGUGAGUAUACAUAUUGAAAAUGAUAGUAAAAUUAAAUGCAUAAUAAUAUAAA